UCUUGAUCAUGAUAUCAACCAGUGAUUCAAUAACUAAUCAAGAUAAUAUUAAUAAUCAUUCUAUAAAUAUACAAAAUAAACAAUCAGAUAUUGAUCAAAGUAGAAAUCGUGAUCCUAAAUAUGAAACAAUUAAUCAAUUAGCUAAAGAUACAUUAAAUAUUGAUUUGCCAGAAUCACAAAAUUCAACAAAUCGUGCACUUUUUGUUUUUUCAAAAAAUAAUCUAAUACGUAAAGCAGCACGAAGUAUAAUUGAAUGGGGAUAUCCUUUUUCAUUGAUUAUUAAUAAUAAGGAAGUUAGCAUUAGUAAUAAUUAUGCUUUUUUUUUCUUCUAUGAAAGUUAA